UAUAGUUCCUCGUGUGUUGUUGCGGAAGUGCACGUCACGUGUCUCGGACGGAAGUAGAUCUUCACUUUCACUCUUCAGAUUAUCAUCAGUACCCGGAGAGUUAAAGGGCCUCGGUUGUGUGUGUGUGUUUUUAUGCCUCUUCAUCUGUGCCCCCUCGAAGUUACGCUUUUGGAUUUCGAUUUUUGCCAGUGAAAUGUCCCAGCCGAAUAGGCCCAUCAAGCUGGUGGUGGUGGGCGAUGGCACAGUGGGCAAGACUUGCAUGCUCAUAGCUUAUUCAACUGGAACUUUUCCUGAGGGCGAAUAUGCACCAACAGUAUUCGACAACUACGCAGAUGUAAUGGAAUGUGACGGCGUUCGAGUCAGUCUAACGCUGUGGGACACAGCAGGUCAAGAAGAUUACGAGCGGUUACGGCCUCUGUCGUACCCUGGUACAGACGGCUUUCUCCUGUGUUUUAGCGUGGACAAUCACCGUUCUUACGAAAACAUCGCCACUAAAUGGCACCCAGAAGUGAGGCAUCACUGUCCCAGAGCACCUUUCAUCUUAGUUGGGACGAAAACAGAUUUACGAGAGAGCUCUACGAACAAAGAAAAUUUCAUCAGUCGGAAUCAAGGCAAAAAAAUGGCGGCGAAAAUCAAAGCUACCAAAUACGUAGAAUGUUCAGCGAAGGAAGUCAGUGGUGUUAAAGAUGUUUUCAUCGAAGCUGUACGAGCAGUCUUGAACCCCAAGCAGUCCCAUUCCGUGCUUCAUCAUUGUAUAUUACUCUAGCUGCGCUAGAGAUUCCUGUGUUCGCGUUUUUAGUAUUUUUAUAUUUACACCACCUCAUUUUCCCCAUUUAAUAAAACUCUUUCUAUAUUUUAAAA